ACCUUGGUGUAACACGAAGAGAUUGGCUCGAGCAACUGAGAAGCCAGAAUAAGUUCAGGAGACAAAAUGGUGAUGGAAUGACUAAUUCAAGAUGUUUGGUGCAAGAUGUUGCUGAGAGAGAGAGAAGUAUAAUAGAAGAACAAGGAAAGAGAGAAAGAGGUGAUGAGCAUGAUUCAGGUCAGAUUAUGGCUGACAGAUUACCCACAGUAGCAGGAGUGACCAACAAGAGUGUAGUAUUGGCUGGCAAUAAGGAAACAAUGGAGAUGGAAGAAAUAGGAAGCAGACAAAACAAGGUCAAGGUGUCAUCUCCACGCACACCAAAACAGGAGCCCAGGUCACCAUUUUCUCUGUUACAAGACUUAAACUUCAUUACACCCAGACUUGAAUUACAAAAAGGUGACAACGGAACACCAAAUACGUCCCGUGCAUCGUCGUUGUUUAGUCCAACUGUACCCAUUUCAGAGGUUUACUCAACUGGGAAAACGUAAGUUAUUU